AUGCGUUUAGUUUUUUCUCUGACCGCGUUGAUCUUCUUGUCAUUCUAUUCCAGCUGUGCUGAGAUAAAAUGCGAGCACCGGAUAUACUUGUACCCUGUUCCAACCGCAAAUUCUGGACCUCGGAGAAUGGAACUUUCGUGUCAAGGAGGCAGAGAUGCGGAUUAUUUUGACUACAGAGGUGACGACGAACGCAUCUUGGUACAGCACAACAGAAAAACUGGAUUGUUUAGAGGGGAAUUUUUUCUGGACGACACAAUCUACGGCAUUGAAGAACAAGACGAUAACGCAGAAGCGCCAUUCGUUCUCAUUCUUGGAAAGAAAUACAAGAUCAAAGUCCUACCUUUUAGGCCUCCAGCCUACAUCAUGAAAACUUCGAGGAAGACAUAA